ACUUUUAGUGUCCAUGAGGCCGAGUCGGGCACUGACAGCGCGUGAGAGAGCAGAAGUUACUUUUGCUUCUGACAAGGCUGGAGCACCUUUUUAGCUGCACUCCCCUUUCUUCUUCCAGUCUCAUCCAUUUAGUGCCUUGAUCCAUUCCCUAGAGCUGAAAGGAGUCUUUGGCAGCCUGUUCCAGGUGUUCCUGAGCACCCUGCCUAGAUGUUUGGUUUUUUUUGUCUACUAACUGGACAAGGACUUGGGCAGGAAUGGGAAUGAAAGUAUGUUUUUGUCCCAGAUGUCCUUAUGGGGUGUUUGUGAGGUGAGAACCUUUGUUUCAUCACCACAGGACUCCUGGGUUUACCUGUCUCCUGGUUCUACUCCUUUAACAAAGAAUGUAACAAAAGAGCAUAUGGUGCCUCUGCAAUAUUUGAAUGACAAAGCUUUAACGUUUUUGCUAUCGUUAUAUAUUUGUCCUAUUCAUAGUUUGUUAAACAUCAUAGCUGAACCGUAUAAUGCCAAAGCCACAGCUGAAACACCUUUCUUGACACAGGGCUGUGUUUGUGUUUUGGAGUUCCUGUUCCUGAAAUAAUAAAAAACCACGAGCGCUGUGGGACUCCGUUCCUUUUUUUCAACCCUAACUCAUACAUACGUUUUUAAAUCUGUCGUAGGAAGAGAACGAUUCUCGACAGAGCACCCCUGGGUUCUGUGUGGCUGCCCUGCCCCGCCCCUGGGUCCCCGCCCCACCCGGGCGGUGUGUCCGCGGUUGUCGCCGCUCCCGCCGGCCGGGCAGGGCUGCGGGCAAGUGAGCUCGGCUGCGCCGGGGCUCCGCAGCCUUCCGCAGGUCUCCGCCCCUACCCCCGCCCCGGGGCGUCCUCGGGCAACGGGGCGGUAACGGGAAGAAAUGCGGCAAAGUUUCGUCUUCGCGCAAAAUCGGGGCUGUUCUCGGGCAGGGUGGGGUGGGGGCCGUCAGCUGGCUGGUUUGGGUGAAAGGCUUGCUCGGCUGCUGUAAGGAAAUCAAAGUGCGCUUUCGGGUAUUGGUUUGGCUUUGGGGGCGGGAAGGUGGCGGUGGUUUUUCUUUGCUAGAAGAGGAUUGCAAAGCUGCCGGGGGUUUAUCCCUCUGUCGGAGGGAGCCGGCGAUGAUAUUUUGCAAUUGCUGUAGGAAGACUGUCCUGGAAAUCCCCACGUUCUGGUGCAAACGCCUCCACGUAGGAGUCUGAAACGGUCUUAAGGGAUACAGGCAAAUUGGACAGUUGUGCUGAAAAGUCAUUCUGCUGACUUCUCCCAGCCCAGCUGUUUAAAACACAGCGUGCACACGUAGGAGUAAGCUGAAGGUACAGCUGAAGAUCUGCAGACUUAGAGAAGGUUUGAAACCAUGGCAAGCCUGUGUGCAGCAAAUACCACUUUUGCCCUGGACCUCUUAAGACAGCUGUGUGAGAGGAAAAGUGGUCAGAAUCUAUUCUUUUCCCCUUUUAGUAUUUCUUCUGCUUUGUCUAUGGUUUUGCUGGGUUCAAAAGGUAACACCGAAGCCCAGAUAACAAAGGUGCUUUCUCUGACCAAAGCUGAGGAUGCUCACAAUGGGUAUCAAUCCCUUCUCUCUGAAAUUAACGAUCCAAACACCAAAUACAUCCUGAGAACUGCAAACCGGCUUUAUGGGGAAAAGACGUUUGAGUUUCUCCCAUCAUUUCUAGAGUCGAGUCAGAAAUCCUACCACGCUGGACUGGAACCGACUGACUUCAUGAACGCUUGGGAGGAUUCCAGAAAACAAAUCAAUGGCUGGGUAGAGGAAAGGACUGAAGGUAAAAUUCAGAACCUGUUGGCAGAGGGGGUUCUUGAUUCCCUGACCAGACUUGUGUUGGUGAAUGCCAUCUAUUUCAAAGGCAACUGGGAAAAGCAGUUCAACAAAGAGAGAACGGCAGAAAGGCCAUUUCAGAUUAACAAGAAUGAGACCAAGCCUGUGCAGAUGAUGUUCAAGAAGGAUAGAUUUAACAUGACCUAUAUUGGAGACUUGCAGACCAAAAUCCUUGAGCUGCCCUAUGUCGGUAAUGAACUCAGCAUGAUCAUCCUGCUCCCUGAUGCAAUCCAGGAUGGAUCCACGGGCUUGGAAAGACUGGAAAGAGAACUUACGUAUGAGAAGCUGAUAGAUUGGAUCAGUAUUGAAAUGAUGGACUCUACAGAGGUGAGGGUGUCUUUACCCAGAUUUAAGCUGGAAGAAGAUUAUGAUCUGAAACCCAUUCUGAGCUGCAUGGGAAUGCCUGAUGCAUUUGACUCGGGGAAGGCAGACUUCUCGGGAAUGUCAUCUGGCAAUGAGCUGGUGCUCUCUGAAGUGGUUCACAAGUCCUUUGUGGAAGUCAACGAAGAAGGCACUGAAGCAGCUGCUGCCACAGCUGCAAUAAUGGUGAACUGCAGUGCAAAGAUCGUUCCGGAUUUCACUGCUGAUCAUCCCUUCCUCUUCUUCAUCCGGCACAACAAAUCUUCCAGCAUUUUGUUCUGUGGCAGGUUUUGCUCUCCCUAAAGAGGAGUUGUCUUGGCAGGAUAGGGGCCAUUACACAAUAAAGAUUUCUCUAGAAUAGGGUGACUCCUUUU